CCGGCCCCACCCCACGAUGACUUCCCACGUCCUCCUGUUGCUUCUCGCCUCCUCCAUCCUGGGGGACCCGGACUCUGCGGGCAGACGGCCCCUGCAUCAGGUCGCCCAGAACCGCAGGCGCCUCUGUUCCCUGGGCACAUGCCAGACGCACCGCCUGCCAGAGAUUAUAUACUGGCUCAGCUGCCUCCACCAAAGAGCUCUCAGGGAAGGCCGGCCGCGAGCCCCAGGACCCCCACAGCUACGGGCGCCGCCGUAAGCGCGACGCCAGAGUCCUGCUCCGUCUCUAUGACCCUGGCCCGAAGAAAAGAGGCCAGCGCAGUGCCCGGCUGGCUGGGUGACGUCGGGCACGUCCCUGUUCCUCCUCUGGCCUCAGCUUACCUACCUGUGUAUUGGGGCCACGAUCCCAAGUUUCUUUUGCCCUCCAUCUCCUGGGCUCACUCAGAAACUGUCUCCCCCCGGCUGUGACUGGGGCUGGACUCGGUGCACACCGGACCUAGCAUGUACAAAGAAUACUAUCGUCCAGAGCCUAAUAAAACGAGUUUCACGUUUCA